AUGGAGGUGGAUGCAGACGAGAAGCGCCAUCGCACACGGUCCAAAGGUGUUCGAGUUCCCGUGGAACCAGCCAUACAAGAGCUGUUCAGCUGCCCUACCCCUGGCUGUGAUGGCAGCGGUCAUGUUAGUGGCAAAUACGCAAGACACAGAAGUGUUUAUGGCUGUCCUUUGGCAAAAAAAAGAAAGACACAAGAGAAGCAGCCCCAAGAACCUGCACCCAAAAGAAAACCUUUUGUAGUUAAAGCAGACAACUCUUCAGUAGAUGAGUGUUAUGAAACAGAUGGAACUGAGGAAAUGGAUGACAAGGAAGAAGAGGAGGAGGAAGAGGAGGAGGAAGAAGAAUAUUCUGAUGAUAAUGAGGAACAAGGGGAUGAUGAGGAAGAUGAGGAAGAUGAAGUAGAAGAUCGGGAAGAGGAAGAGGAGGUUGAAGAGGAGGAGGAGGAGGAAGAGGAAGCAGAUGAAGUAGAGGAGGAGGAAGAGGAGGAGGAGGAAGAUGAGGAGGAGGAGGAGGAAGAAAGUGAAGACCAUCAAAUGAAUUGUCACAAUACUCGAAUGCAGGACACAGAAAAAGACGAUAACAAUAAUGAUGAGUAUGAUAAUUAUGAUGAACUGGUGGCCAAGUCAUUGUUAAAUCUUGGCAAAAUUGCAGAGGAUGCAGCAUACAGAGCCAGGACAGAAUCAGAAAUGAAUAGCAAUACAUCUAAUAGCCUGGAAGAUGAUAGCGACAAAAAUGAAAAUGUUGGUCGUAAGAGUGAGCUGAGUUUAGAUUUAGACAGUGACGUUGUUAGGGAAACUGUGGACUCACUGAAAUUGUUAGCACAAGGACAUGGUGUAGUGCUUUCAGAAAAUGUUAACGACAGAAAUUAUACAGACAAUAUGUCUCAGCAAGAAAACAGGAAUAUGAACUAUGGAAUGCUAGGGAAGCCUGCAAACAAUGGGCUUUCGGAGAAAAUGGUGGAGGAGAGUGAUGAAGAGGUAUGUCUCAGCAGCUUGGAAUGUUUGCGGAAUCAGUGCUUUGAUCUGGCCAGGAAACUCAGUGAGACAAACCCACAAGAAAGAAAUCAACAACAAAACAUGAAUUCUCGCCAACAUGCCAGGCAAGAAGACGAUUUCCAAGGAAGGACGCCUGAUAGGAAUUACUCGGAUAUGAUGAACUUAAUGAGGCUUGAAGAACAGUUGAGCCCCCGAUCUAGAACUUUUUCUAGCUGUGCAAAAGAGGAUGGGUGUCAUGAAAGGGAUGAUGACACCACCUCCGUUACUUCAGAUAGGUCUGAAGAGGUAUUUGAUAUGACAAAAGGAAAUUUAACACUACUUGAGAAAGCUAUUGCUUUAGAAACAGAAAGAGCAAAAGCCAUGAGGGAAAAAAUGGCAAUGGAAGCUGGAAGGAGGGAUAAUAUGCGAUCCUAUGAGGAGCAGUCUUCAAGACAGCUUUCUGGAGAUGACAGGAAGUCUAAGUCCAGUGACGGCCAUGUCAAAAAGCCAUAUUAUGGUAAAGAUCCCUCAAGAACAGAAAAGAAAGAGAGCAAAUGUCCUACCCCUGGGUGUGAUGGAACUGGCCAUGUAACGGGGCUUUACCCCCAUCACCGCAGUUUGUCAGGAUGCCCACACAAAGAUAGGGUCCCUCCAGAAAUUCUUGCCAUGCAUGAAAACGUACUUAAGUGUCCUACACCAGGCUGCACAGGCCGGGGCCACGUAAAUAGCAACAGGAAUUCUCACAGAAGCCUCUCGGGAUGUCCUAUUGCUGCAGCAGAGAAACUGGCUAAAGCUCAAGAGAAGCAUCAGAGCUGUGAUGCAUCCAAAUCAAACCAGGCAUCAGAUCGUGUCUUGAGGCCCAUGUGUUUUGUUAAGCAGUUGGAGAUUCCUCAGUAUGGCUACAGAAACAAUGUUCCUACCACCACGCCCCGCUCCAACCUGGCCAAGGAACUAGAGAAAUACUCUAAGACUACAUUUGAAUAUAACAGUUAUGACAACCAUGCCUAUGGCAAGAGAGCCAUAGCUCCCAAGGUGCAAUCCAGGGAUAUUUCCCCCAAAGGAUAUGAUGAUGCGAAACGUUACUGUAAGAAUUCCAGCCCAACCAGCAGCACAACAAGCAGUUAUGCCCCUAGCAGCAGCAGCAACAUGAGCUGUGGAGGAGGCAGCAGCGCUAGCAGCACCUGCAGCAAGAGCAGCUUUGACUAUACCCAUGAUAUGGAAGCAGCGCACAUGGCUGCUACUGCUAUACUGAAUCUUUCCACUCGGUGCAGGGAGAUGCCUCAGAACCUCUCCACUAAGCCUCAGGAUCUCUGUUCCAGGAAUCCCGAUAUGGAAGUUGAUGAAAAUGGAACAUUAGACUUGAGCUUGAACAAGCAAAGGCAGCGAGAUGGUUGCUGCACCAUUUUGACGCCACUGGAACCAAUGUCACCACAACAACAGGCUGUUAUGAAUAACAGGUGUUACCAGCUGAAUGAGAGUGACUGCUGGGACUUGCCGGUGGACUACACAAAAAUGAAGCCUAAUAGGAUAGAUGAAGAUGAUUCAAAAGAAAUUAAUCCAGAAGACUUAGAUCCAUUCCAAGAAGCAUUAGAAGAAAGAAGGUAUCCUGGGGAAGUUACCAUCCCAAGCCCUAAACCCAAAUAUCCUCAAUGCAAAGAGAAUAAAAAGGAUUUAAUAACUCUGUCUGGCUGCCCACUGGCUGACAAAAGUAUUCGAAGUAUGCUGGCCACAAGCUCACAGGAACUCAAGUGUCCAACACCUGGUUGUGAUGGCUCUGGGCAUAUUACUGGAAAUUAUGCUUCACAUCGAAGUCUUUCUGGUUGUCCACGAGCAAAGAAAAGUGGAAUCAGGAUAGUACAAAGUAAAGAAGAUAAGGAAGAUCAAGAGCCAAUUAGAUGUCCAGUUCCCGGUUGUGAUGGCCAGGGUCAUAUAACUGGGAAAUAUGCAUCUCACCGUAGUGCAUCAGGGUGCCCUCUAGCUACUAAAAGGCAAAAAGAUGGCUACUUGAAUGGCUCCCAGUUUUCUUGGAAGUCAGUGAAGACGGAAGGCAUGUCAUGUCCAACCCCAGGAUGUGAUGGCUCAGGACAUGUCAGUGGUAGCUUUCUUACACAUAGGAGUCUAUCAGGAUGCCCCAGAGCUACAUCAGCAAUGAAGAGAGCAAAGCUGUCGGGAGAACAAAUGCUUACAAUAAAGCAGCGGGCUAGCAAUGGCAUAGAAAAUGAUGAAGAAAUUAAACAGUUAGAUGAAGAAAUAAAGGAGCUAAAUGAAUCCAACUCCCAGAUGGAAGCUGAUAUGAUUAAACUCCGAACUCAGAUUACUACAAUGGAGAGCAACCUGAAGACGAUAGAAGAGGAAAACAAAGUAAUUGAACAACAAAAUGAGUCUCUUCUUCAUGAAUUGGCUAAUUUAAGCCAAUCUUUAAUUCAUAGUCUAGCUAAUAUCCAGCUACCACAUAUGGAACCAAUCAAUGAACAAAAUUUUGAUGCUUACGUGACCACUUUGACGGACAUGUAUACAAAUCAAGAUCGUUAUCAGAGUCCAGAAAAUAAAGCCCUACUGGAAAAUAUAAAGCAGGCUGUGAGAGGAAUUCAGGUGUGA